UAGACGGACCAUGUGGGGGGCGGGAUUGUUCUACCUGCCAGUGUUUCCCUGCCAAAGGAGCCCAGACUCCACCCCCCAUACGGCUCAACAUCCCGUUCAACGUCACUCGUCGCUUCUCCGUCCUGCUAAACAUCUACUCAAGGGCUCCCCCUAGCGAGGAGGUCCAUGUGACCGUGCUGGACGUCCACAUCGCUCAGAGGGAUGUAGCUGCCUCGUAGUUUAUACGGUGUUCCAGGAGUUUUAGGAAGACAAUUGCCUCAGGGCCCACCAGGGUUCCCAGGCCCACCGGGUCCUGUUGGAGAGAAGGGACCUCGAGGAUAUGAGGGCUUCCCCGGUGUAGCUGGACCAAAGGGCGACAUGGGUGUUGAUGGCGUACUGGGAUAUCCUGGACUAGAUGGGGUCCCAGGUCACCCAGGACCAGGAGGUGUUCCUGGUCGGCCAGGUCUUGACGGCUGUAAGGGUUCUAGAGGGGACUCUGGUUUUCCUGGAAUUCCUGGUCGGGAUGGGCUCGAUGGGGCACUGGGUUACCCAGGGAUCAAAGGAGUACGAGGGGACACCGCCUUUCAGAUAUUCCAGUAUUCCGGUUUGCCUGGUGAUGUUGGCCCUACUGGGAAUCCUGGACUGCCGGGCACUCAAGGCAUUUGUGGCCCUAGGGGACCAAUUGGACCAGUUGGAUUAGAUGGAUUAGAUGGUUUAACCGGUUCACCAGGCCUGAGAGGUCCGCCUGGACAGAAAGGGAGUCCAUGCCCAGGAGAAAAAGGGGAUGAAGGGGACCCGGGUAUGCAAGGACCCCCAGGACCGUUUGAGUAUGUGGACCCCCCUGAAGAGUACUACAUAAAAGGAAGCAAGGGAAUGAAAGGAGUAAAGGGAGAGUGUGGACCUAGGGCCGAGGAUGGAAUCGACUCAAUCCCCGGAUUCAAAGGAGAAAAUGGAAUCAUCGGAUUCCCAGGAAUCAGGGGUCUUCCUGGAUAUCCUGGCUUCCCUGGUGUUCCUGGAGUAAAGGGGAUUUUUGGGAGCCCUGGUCUACCCGGUCUGAUAGGGACAGAGGGAUCCAAGGGAUUCCAAGGAGAUAUAGGUCCCAAAGGAAUGACAGAGUACAGGCUUGUUAAUUAUACAGAUUGUGAAGUUAGAGGGCCACCAGGGGAGCUAGGGCUGCAUGGACAACCAGGACCCAAAGGAAAUGUCGGAGAGAUGGGGAUGCAUGGCCCCCCAGGGCUGCCUGGGAUAUCAAUAAAAGGUCUCAGUGGUAAGGCUGGCCCAAUAGGGAUCCCUGGGCCCCAAGGGUUUAAAGGAGAGCCAGGAAGGUUCUACCAGAAUGGGCCUAAACCUGGAGAGCCUGGUAAACAGGGCAUGACUGGCCUCAAAGGCCUGAAAGGAGAGCCCGGCCCACCAGGUACAUACUGUACCCAGGGUGCACCAGGAGAGGCAGGAGAGGAUGGAGAUCAAGGUCCUCCUGGAUCUGCUGGGAACACAGGUAGCAAAGGAAUUAAUGGUGAUUGUGGAUGUGGGCCAUCCCGGAUUAUGAAGGGAUAUCCUGGGCCAAUAGGAGACCGUGGAUUGCCAGGGUUACAGGGAUACCCUGGGCCAUCAGGCCCGAAGGGCAACAUUGGUUUUCCUGGUGACAAGGGAAAACGUGGGGCAGAUGGCUUUCCAGGAUUGGGAGGUAUCCGGGGACCAAAAGGGCAGAAAGGUGACCUCUGUCUAAUGGAUAUCAAAGGUGAGAAGGGAGAUGUUGGCCAUCGAGGGCCUGCUGGUGGUCCAGGCUUUACUGGGAGGAGGGGACAGAAUGGGAAGCCAGGUGCACCUGGUAACCAUGGCCCAGAGGGUGACAGUUUUCCAGGAUUUCCUGGAGAGAGAGGGUUUCAAGGUUAUGAUGGGCUAAAGGGCCUUGCUGGACCUCCUGGCCCCCCAGGACCUGAUGUGAUUGGGGCAGUGGGACAACGUGGACCCCCAGGCAAUCAAGGACUUCCAGGAUGUAUAGGAUCUCCUGGGCCCAAAGGAGUUAAGGGUGACACCUUACCCUGUAUACCCAGUAACCCUGGUCCCCCUGGACAGAAAGGUGAUGCUGGAUUCCCAGGGCUUAACGGAGAGUCAGGAAGCCCAGGGUAUCGAGGAGAUAUAGGCCCUGAUGGGGUGAAGGGAGCGAAAGGAGACUUAGGGAUUUAUGGACACCCUGGACCUACAGGCUCUGUAGGGUCUUAUGGAGACCCUGGAAAGGCUGGUGCUGAGGGUCUGAGCUAUGAUGGAGCUGUUGGCUCCCCUGGCUCUCCUGGGGCCCCAGGGCUGAAGGGCCCAUCUGGGGACACUGUCCCGGGCGCUCCAGGACCUGUCGGCUUCAAAGGUGUGGUAGGGCUUUCGGGACCGAAAGGAGUGCCAGGUCCACCUGGUUCUAAUGGUUUAAAAGGUGCCGCAGGACUGCCUGGUACACCGGGAAGGAAGGGAGAAACUGGAGAGUAUGGUCCCUCAGGCAGAUAUGGCAACCAAGGGCCUUCUACUAAGCAGUGUGCACAGGGAGCCUCAGGGCUUCCAGGACACAUGGGUCCAAAAGGGGAAAUCGGCCCUCGGGGUUAUCCAGGUGAGAAGGGUGAUAACGGAGAGCAUGGUCUGUCCAGAAAGGGUCAAAAAGGAGCUCCAGGAAAACCGGGCCCUCCCGGAUUUCCUGGUUAUUCUGGCACCCAGGGUCCUAUUGGGCAAUUAGGGGAACCUGGAAUACCAGGGGCCCCAGGACAGAAAGGUCCCAAAGGGGUACCUGGCAGAGAUGGAUCAGCGGGUAAUCAAGGGAGGAUUGGAGCAGCAGGACCCCCGGGAAGGAAAGGAGAGAGGGGGUUUGACGGGCAUCAAGGCAAACAAGGAAAUGAGGGCCUAAAAGGAGAAAAGGGUAGCAGAGGUUCCCCUGGGUUACCAGGUGUAAUCAAUGCCAUUCCUAUCAAGGGACAACGAGGAGCUCCUGGAGCCCCAGGUCUGGAUGGUGGCACUGGUGCAAGAGGUGACAAGGGUCCUGCAGGAAGAUGUGGUCCACCAGGUAACUCUGGGCUUGGGGGGCCUCUUGGUGUAGAGGCUGGGCCACGAGGACCACCAGGUACCUGUGGUCUCCCAGGUGUACCUGGUACACCUGGCCUCACCGGCCAGAGGGGCAUCAUAGGCUUUCCUGGAGAGACUGGUGAUCAGGGUGACCCAGGGUGUAAUGGAUCUCCUGGCAUACCUGGCGUCUCAGGGUAUAAUGGUCUUAAAGGUGAAACGGGUGAUUCCAUUGGAAUUCCUGGACCGGCUGGUAAUAGAGGAGCUAAAGGAGACAUUUCAGCAUAUGCCCCACCAGGUGACCAAGGUGAUGUAGGUGAACCAGGACUUUCUGGAACACCGGGACCUAAAGGAUUAACUGGUUCACCAGGAUGCUCCGGACCUCCAGGGCCUGCAGGUGUGAUUGGACCCCCAGGCCCAAGUGGUAAACCUGGGGCUGAUGGUCCCCCAGGGACCCCUGGAAAGAUUGGGCCAAAGGGUGAGCAAGGACCACUUGGACUCAAAGGUCCCCCUGGACCACUUGGUUUGCAUGGACUGGAUGGGCUGAAGGGUGUGAAGGGUGAGAUUGGGGCCAGAGGCCCAGGUGUGCCCGGUCCCACUGGUGCUCCAGGCAUUGUAGGAGAGAGGGGAUCCAGAGGAAAUCAGGGGCCUCCAGGUCCCUCCCUGCCUGGGCCUCCAGGCCCAAAGGGCCAGUCUGGACCCACUGGAAGCCCAGGAGCAACUGGUCCCUCUGGUGUAACGGGGAUGGACUGUAAGGAGCCUAUAUCCGGCCACUGUGGGCAAGCAGGCUUCCCUGGACCCGAUGGACCGCAAGGUCAGAAUCACAGCUGUCCACCAGGUGACUGUGGGUACCCUGGCCCUGCCCUGCCUAUGUUUGGUGAUGAGGGGGACAACGGGGUUCCAGGCUUUCCAGGCCUCAAAGGGGAUAGAGGGGCUCCUGGUUUCCUGGGACUGCCCGGCAUUGCAGGGUUGCUAGGGCCCAAAGGUGAGAGAGGAGCUAUAGGGAGGAUGGGGCUUCCAGGACACCCUGGUCCCCCAGGAAUAUGUGGCCUACCAGGGUCCCAUGGAUCCAGGGGACCACCAGGAGAUCAAGGCCCAAAGGGAGAAGUUGGGGAUGUAAUCAAACCAUUGUAUACCCAGCCUCCUCCUGGACCUGUGGGCACACCAGGUAAACCAGGCCUGCCUGGCUUACCUGGAGGCCCGGGACCCAACGGUUUUAAUGGACAAAAAGGAAGAAGUGGCCAGUUUGGCUCCCCGGGAUGUCAAGGACCCGAGGGCCCCCCAGGAGAAGACGGGGACCAAGGAAAUUAUGGGGUACAGGGCGAGCGGGGGCCAUUGGGUACAAAGGGCGAACCAGGCCCAUCGGGGGACCCCGGCAGCUCAGGCCCCUUCACCACUUUCAACUCCGGUUUUCUGUUGGUGAUCCACAGCCAAUCAGAUACACCCCCUUCCUGUCCAGCAGACAUGACACAAAUGUGGACUGGCUACAGUCUGCUGUAUCUGGAAGGGCAAGAGAAGGCACACACACAGGACCUUGGUCAGGCUGGGUCAUGUUUACGUCUUUUCAGCACCAUGCCUUUUUCCUAUUGCAACAUGGGUACAUGUGACUAUGCUAGCCGCAAUGACAAAUCAUACUGGCUGUCCACCACGGCAGCGGUGCCCAUGAUGCCUAUAGUGGGUCAGGAUAUCCUGCAGCACAUCAGCCGUUGUGUAGUCUGUGAGGCUCCCUCCCCUGCUGUAGCAAUUCACAGCCAAGACACCAACAACCCCUUCUGUCCACCCAAAUGGAAAAGUCUGUGGAUGGGAUACUCUUUCCUCAUGCACACAGGAGCCGGUGAUGAGGGUGGUGGCCAGUCCCUGUCAUCAUCAGGAAGCUGCCUUAGGGACUUCCGUUCCCAGCCAUUUGUGGAAUGCCAGGGCCCGAGGGGCACGUGUCACUACUUUGCCAACAUAUACAGCUUCUGGCUGACGCGAGUGGGCACUGACGGACCAUUCAACCCAUCAACUUCUCAGGGCCCGCUCAAAGAGGAGUGGCAACAGCGCCUUAAUAUAGGCCGGUGCAAUGUGUGUAUGAAGGAGUGACUUUACCCACCCUUGUUCUGGACCAAGCCACCUACCAUGAGUACCAGGGUAAAAAGCUCCACCCGCUGCAUCCAACGAGAACUGCACUGACAAAUGCACACUGAUUGGUGACCCGAGAGGCAGAGAUAACAUUAGUCAUGUAGUAGAUUUUUUUACUGUUUUUGUAGUCACCAGAGGCUGAAACUACACCAGGUUACCUGAAUGGCUGUGAACAAUAUCGGCAUCUCCAUUUUGUCUGUCUUGCUUUCUUCUCUCUGUCUCUCUCCAAAUUCACCACCGGAAGAUACUUGAUCAAUUAUCUUUUAACACUGUCCUUGCUGAACUGUUUUAGUGUCAGGUCUUUAGAUUAGUAAUCCAUUUCUCCUGAAAUCAGCUGAAAGUUCUUUGUGUAUUUUCUUUCAGAGUUUAAAUAUAUCAUAUUAUCCCUUGUGUUAUGUUAGCAUUUUGGUUACACUCAUUAUGUUAGCAGGUCAAAUUAACCCCGGAUGUAAAAUCACAACCCAAAACUCACAUUUUUUUUUAUCUGCAUGAAACUUGAUGAUAUUAUCAUUUAACCAUUUCAAGGGCCUCUAAAAUAAUUAUUGCAUUCAGAAUAUUGGGAUCAAAAUGACCCGGUGGUAGAGAAUAGAUUAAAAUGCUAGUUGAAAAUCUGCUGAGUGCAGAUUUAAAAUGGAAACUGUCAUACUACACCUCAAAACUCU